AUAAAACAGUAAGGAGCCGAUUCACGUGCCAGUAUGUGUGUAGUUUCAAUUUGAUUGAGGAGACAUUGGGGUCGUUAAAUAUAAUUCAAUUGAAAUCGGCCCACCCUUAUCAUGGGGAGAAUCAUUUCACUCAGCGCGGUAAUCCUCUGCUGCGUCCUACUAGCACGAGCGGAACCUCCAGUUACCAGCUACUCCAUUACCGGGGAUAACAAUGGAUACGAAUAUAAUAGCAACAUCAUCAAUGGGGCCUAUAUAACAGGCAAAGAAGGUCACAGAGAAACUGCAGACUUUUACAGUGGAGGGAAUAAUGGACACUCAUUGACCACCAGCAGGAGCCAAGGAAAUCUCGAAGAAAGUUUAAGAAGCAACUCUUACGCGUUUUCUCCAACUUCUCAUAAUACUGGCUACUCAGAGUACUCUGGUAGCACUCGAGACAAUAUUGCUAGCAGCCCCUAUCUCGUUAGCAAUCCAGCUCAGUCCAAUUAUGAAACUUACACUAGCAGCAGCGUUAAUGGUGAUUCAAAUUUUGAGAGUUAUACUCAGGGCACCGAUCAGGCGAGUUCGGAUUUCAAUCAAUUCUCCAGCAAGCCAAAGACUUCUACCUUCAUGAGAUUUGCUGAUAGUCUUCCUGGUGCUUCUAGUACAGUUGGUUACUCUGAAUUAGGUGCUGAGGGUUCCUCCUUCAAAGAAUAUUCUGGUGAUUCCUUUAGAGGUCACACUUCACAGAGAGGAUACAUGGAUGGUGAUCAAGUCUUCCAUAGAGAGCCUUCGAGCUCUUACAAUAGCCCUAGUCAUGAUUAUUCCUACAGCCAACAAAAGGAUGGUAUGUUUGGAAUGGGCGGAGGUAGUAAAUACGUGAAUGACAUAUAUCCAUUCCACUCUGACACACGUUAUGUAAGAGGAAAUCAUGGAGCCAUGGGGUCACCUGUAUAUGUAUCAAGCUCUGCGCACAGCCCCUUCAGUGGUAUGAGAGGAAGCUCUGGUCCUUACGGUUCAGGAAAAUAUAGUAAAUAUAACAAGUACAUGGGUGAAUAUACACCUGGUGGAGGUUUGAAUUAUCUUUCCAAAGAUCAAGAUAUUGAUUACUUGCUCAGCCAUUAUGGUAAAGGCAGUGGAAAACUGGUACCGUUCAAAGAAACCAGACCAAGCAGUUAUGGUAGCCAAUCUUAUGUUGCAGGACCUUCUUAUCUUAAUAAAAUCAUUGGAAUUCAUAAAAGCAAACCGAGUUAUAUGAGCUAUUCCAAUGGCUCUCCUGUUGGCUAUUCUUCAAUGUCUAAUUUACAUGGUAGUUUCAGUGGUAACAGCUAUAGUGAUAAUCCUUUGUUAAGAAGGUACCGAAGUAGUAAUUAUGUACCUGGACAUCCUAGCAUAUACUCUGGUUAUUAUUGAUGGUUUACGUGCGAUGAGUGUGAUGAUGACGUAUUAUGUUCUGUAUAUAUUUAUUGUAUGAGAUAUUUAAACUUAAUUAAAAACAUGAUUGUUAUGCGUUAUUUA